GCACUGAUAAAAUUGAACAUGUUACACUUCAAACUGAUGCACCAAAUCUUCUUCAUCUAUGUCAAGUUAUUGAAAAUGCAAUUAAAGAAGUGUAACAAUUGAUGAUGUUAUUUAUAAAACAAUUGGACCACCACAUGCAGAAAGUUUACAAAUGCAUUUUACAAAUCAAACAGUUAUUGAUAAAGUACCUGCUGAAAUGAUGCACUUGAUUGACAAACAUUGGUAUCAAUAUCCACCAAUGGAUCCAAUGUGGCAUAAAUUACUUGGUCUAGUUAUGAUUGUCAUUGGAAUAUUAGGCUGGACUGGUAAUGGAAUUGUUGUUUAUAUAUUUUUAAUGACAGCAUCAUUAAGAACACCAAGUAAUUUACUUGUUGUUAAUUUGGCAUUUUCGGAUUUUAUUAUGAUGGUUGCAAUGAGUCCACCAAUGAUUAUCAAUUGUUACUAUGAAACUUGGGUAUUAGGACCACUUGCUUGUGAUAUUUAUGCUUGUGUUGGAUCAUUAUGUGGAUGUGCAUCAAUAUGGACAAUGGUUGCAAUUGCUCGUGAUCGUUAUAAUGUCAUUGUAAAAGGAAUGGCUGGUAAACCAUUGACAAUUAAAUUAGCAUUAUUUGAAAUACUUUUGAUAUGGUCAUUUGCUGGUGUAUGGACAAUACUUCCACUACUUGGAUGGAAUAGAUAUGUACCAGAAGGAAAUAUGACAUCAUGUGGUACUGAUUUUCUAAAUCAAGAAUGGUCAUCAAAAUCUUAUAUUGUUGUUUAUUCAUGUUUUGUUUAUUUUACACCAUUAUUUUUAAUAAUAUAUAGUUAUUGGUUUAUUGUUUCUACUGUUGCAGCACAUGAAAGAGGAAUGAGAGAACAAGCUAAAAAAAUGAAUGUUGCAUCAUUGAGAAGUGGUGAACAAGAUUCAGUAAGUGCUGAAGCAAAACUUGCUAAAGUUGCUAUAACAACAAUAACACUGUGGUUUUUGGCUUGGACACCGUAUCUUGUUAUAAAUUAUAGUGGUAUAUUUGAUCUUAUUAAAUUAAGUCCAUUAUUUACAAUAUGGGGAUCAUUAUUUGCUAAAACAAAUGCAUGUUAUAAUCCAAUUGUUUAUGCAAUAAGUCAUCCAAAAUUUAGAGCAGCUCUUAAUGAAAAAGCACCGUGUUUAGUUUGUGGUACAGUUGAUCAACCAGCAAAAACAUGUGGUGCAAGUGAGACACAAUCAACAACAGAAAAAUCGUUUAAAAUGAAAACGACAGUUCAGGCAGCUAUUGAAAAUGCAACAUCAUCAAUAGAAAUAUUAUCUGGAAUAUAUUGGAGUUCAUUAGUUAGCAAUAAUCAUGAUUUAUCAGUUGGACCAAAAUUUGAACGACAUUAUAUGCGUUCAAAUAAUAAUUCAGUUGUUGAUAGAUUACCAGAUGAUAUGCUUCACUUGGUACCACCUCAAUUGUAUCAAUAUCCACCAAUGGAAACAUUUUGGUACACUGCAUUAAAUUUUGUAUUGGCUAAUGUUGUAAUACUUGGCUGGGCUGGUAAUGGAAUUGUCGUGUUCAUAUUUUUAUGUACACCAACAUUAAGAACACCCAGUAAUCUUCUAAUUGUUAAUUUGGCAAUAUCGGAUUUUUUAAUAACAUGUAUGAAUGUUCCAAUGAUUAUUAAUUGUUGGUAUGAAACUUGGGUACUCGGACCACUUAUGUGUGACAUUUUUGGUGUGGUUUCAAGUAUUUGUGGAUGUACAUCAAUAUGGACAAUGGUUGCAAUUGCACGUGAUCGUUACAAUGCAAUUGUCAUAGGAAUUGCAGGAAAACCAAUGACCACAUCAAUGGCAAUAAUGAGAAUAGUUAUUAUUUGGAUAUAUGCAACUUGUUGGGCAUUACUUCCAGUUACCUAUUGGCAUAGAUAUGUUCCCGAGGGUAAUUUAACAUCAUGUGGAACUGAUUUUUUAAAUCCUGAAUGGUCAUCAAGAUCUUACAUACUUACAUAUUCAGUUUGUGUUUAUUUUAUUCCAUUAACAACAAUUAUUUAUAGUUACUGGUAUAUCGUUGCGGCUGUUGCAGCACAUGAAAAAGGAAUGAGAGAACAAGCUAAAAAAAUGAAUGUUGCAUCAUUGAGAAGUGGUGAACAAGAUUCAGUAAGUGCUGAAGCAAAACUUGCUAAAGUUGCUAUAACAACAAUAACACUAUGGUUUUUUGCUUGGACACCAUAUCUUAUUACAAAUUAUUGUGGUAUAUUUCAAUUAGCAACAUUAACACCAUUAUCAACAAUAUGGGCAUCAACAUUUGCCAAAACAAAUUCAUGUUAUAAUCCAAUUGUUUAUGCAAUAAGUCAUCCAAAAUUUAGAUUAGCACUCAAGAAAAAAUUACCAUGUCUUGUUUUUGGAAAAGUUGAACAACCAACAAAGACACCAGCUGAAGUACAAUCAACAACAUCUGAAGUACAAACAUAAAUUGUUCUAUAUUUAAAAACAAAAAAAAUAAUAUAUUUACUAUUUUUUAAUUCAUGUAAUACUUCAAAUAAUAUUUAUUUAUAUCUGUUAUA